AUGGAGUUCCUACACUUGUUGUUCCUCCUCGCCUUUCUCUAUACAGUGGGUUCUUUUCUCCUUAGUAAAUUACGAAAAUACCCUCCAAGCCCCCCUCUCUCCUUACCCAUCAUAGGCCACCUCUAUCUCUUCAAGAAACCCAUCCACCGAAUCCUAGCUAAUCUCUCCGACAAGUACGGACCGGUCAUGCUUCUCCAGUUCGGCUCCCGUGCGGUUCUCCACGUGUCCUCCCCCACAGCAGCCGAGGAGUGCUUCACCCGGAACGACGCCGUGUUCGCCAACCGCCCCAGGCUGCUCGCCGGAAAACACCUGGGCUACAACUACACCACCAUCGCAUGGGCCCCGUACGGCGACCACUGGCGCAACCUGCGCCGCUUGGCCUCCCUCGAGCUCCUCUCCGCCCGCCGCAUCCAAAUGUCCGACGACGUUCGCAGCCACGAGGUCCGGUCGCUCCUCAAGCGCCUCGCGGCGGCGGGCGGCGGCGAAAUUCUUUGUCUUGAAGCUCAAGACAUUUGGAGCGUUGUUGAAGACGGUGUUCAGAUUCCCGAAAAUGAGGAUCAAUUGACAAAUGCACAAAGGCAAACUUUGAGAACCGAAAGGCAAAAAGAUCGAAAAACUCUUUUCCAAAUAUAUCAAGCCAUCGAAGUUCCCGUCUAUGAAAGACUAACCAAGGCGAGUAGUUCCAUGGAGGCAUGGGAAAUUCUACAAACAACCUAUGCCGGGAAAAAUGAAGUAAAGAAGAAAACGAAAAAAAUUGUUGAAUAUUUUACAAGAAUCACCUCUCUUGUAAAUCAAAUGGCGAUAAAUGGCGAAGUCAUGGAAACCCAAAGGGUUGUCGAAAAAAUUAUGCGAAGCUUGCCGGUGAAAUUUGAUCAUGUUGUUGUGGCUAUCGAAGAGUCACAAGAUCUCUCAUCAAUGGCGUUGGAGAGUCUACAAGGACGAUUGGAGGCACACGAAGCAAGGAUCCUUCAAAGAAAUCCUCAAAUUUCUUCUCCGGAUCAAGCAUUAAGAUCCCGAGUUACAUUCACGGGAGGCCGUGACUCGUUCCGUGGUCGUGGCCGAGGUCGUGGCCAAAUAAGAGGAGGAAGAAACUCUUACAACAAUUCCCGUGGACAAGCCAAAUCAAAUGAUGAGGCGAAAGAAGAGGAGAAAUUUUUUCCGAACAAUUUUCAAAGAGGAAGAGGCCGAGGACGAGGAUCAUAUAAAGGUACAAGGCCUUACAUUGAGUGUCAUUAUUGUCAUAAACCGGGACACAAAAUCAAUGAUUGUUGGGAAAAAUAUCCAGAAAAAAGGCAAGAAGUUGGUUAUUUGCAUGAAAAUAAAGUCGAAAAUAUGGAGACUUUAUUGAUUGCAUCCAACGGUAGCUUUGAAAAUACUUGGUAUUUGGAUAGUGGUGCGAGCAAGCACAUGACGGGGAAUAAAAAAUUAUUCUCAAAUCUCGUCGAAGCUAGCCAUGGGACAGUUACGCUUGGAGAUGGAUACACCUACGCAUUAGAAGGUGUUGGAGAAAUUGUCUUCAAAACAAAAUCCGGAAAAGUCGAAACAAUGUCUGAGGUUUACUAUGUACCUAAUUUGGCAAGUAAUUUGCUAAGUGUUGGUCACUUGAUGAGGAAAGGUUUCAACAUGUUUUUCGACGACUUCACUUGCGUUUUGAAAAAGAAGGAUCAACACAUUGCAAAUAUCGGUAUGACCGGAAAUAAUAUUUUUCCGAUCAAACUUGAUAAUUUUGAAGCCUCUUGCCAUUUAACCGUGAAGGACGAUGUUUCAAAGUUGUGGCAUGACUGGUUCGGGCAUCUUAAUUUCCAAAGUUUGAAGGAGUUAUCAAACAAAACAAUUGUUCAAGGAUUGCCGAACAUUAAAGCCAUGGACGAAAUUUGUGAAGAAUGCCAAUUGGGGAAGCAACACCGAGAGCCAUUUCCUUCCAAGUCAAAUUGGAAAUCAAUGUCACUAUUGGAGCUCAUUCAUAGUGACCUUUGUGGACCAUUUCAAGUUCCCUCUCUCGGUGGAUUCGCCGCCACGAUUGUACCAGGUUGUCGUCGCCUCGUUCGUCUUCUCCCCGUACACAACCAUCGCCCCUGUGUCCUUCUCCCUGCGGAACUAUCUCUUCGUGAAUUCUUUUUUCCCCCUGAUUCUCUUUACAAGACUCCAAAUGAGGUGUGGUAUGGUAAGGAGCCAAAUGUUAGUCAUCUUAAAAUAUUUGCUUGUCUUGCAUAUUCACAUAUUCCAAAUGCUAUGAGGACCAAGCUCGACGAUAAAGCCGAAAAAUGCAUUUUCAUUGGGUAUAGUGAGAGGUCAAAAGCUUACAAGCUUUACAAUCCUCAAACGAAAAAAAUUGUGAUAAGUCGGGAUGUUCGUUUUGAUGAAAAAUCCUCUUAUGAUUUUUCAAAAAAUUCAGAAUCAUUAACUUGGCCGACCCUUGGAGACGAAGAAGGCUAUUCUCAAGCAAUGCAACCAAAUGAUGGUGAAAAUGAAUCUCCACAAAAUUCACCAUCACCCCCGCCAAGAAAAACGAGGAGUUUGAGAGAACUCUAUGAUGAAACGGAGGAGGUGAAUGCAACAAAUUCUAUUUUCUUUGCAUUCUUUGCCGGGGAGGAUCCAAUCUCUUUUGAAGAUGCCUCAAAAGAAGAAAAAUGGAAUCAAGCGAUGAAAGAAAUGAUCAAGGCGAUUGAAAAAAAUGAAACUUGGGAGCUCAGACCUUUACCUUCACACAAAUCUCCUAUUGGUGUGAAAUGGGUGUUCAAAACAAAAACCAAUCUUGAUGGUUCCAUCAACAAAUACAAGGCGAUGCUUGUUGCAAAAGAAUACAAGCAAAAAGAAGGAGAAGACGUCAAUGAGGUAUUUGCUCCCGUUUCAAGACUUGAUACAAUUCGCUUAAUUAUCUCUCUUGCGGAAAUUUUCAUGAAGCCACUUGGAGGUCCCGUUUUUCGAAAAAUGUUGAAGGUUUGGGAAUCAAAAGUAAAUUCAAUUUCCGGGAGAGGGAGGAGGUUUAGCAAGAUUGUGAAAGAAACUUUCGAGCUGAGCGGCGCGAGUAACGUGGGCGAUUUUUUGCCGAUUUUGAGGUGGAUUGGAGUGGAUAAACUGGAGAAGAGGUUGAAAGUGUUGCAGGAGAAAAGGAAUAGUUUCAUGCAAGAUUUGAUUAAUGAGCACAAAAAGAAGACGAAUAAUAAUAAUUCUGAUACAAUUAGUUGUAAUAAUAAAACGCUGAUUGAUGUUCUUUUGUCGCUACAAGAAACCGAUCCUCAACCUUACACAGACCAAAUUAUCAGAGGCUUGAUGCAGGUGAUGUUAUCAGCAGGGACAGACACUUCAGUAACAACCAUGGAAUGGGCAAUGUCAAGCCUACUCAACAAUCCAGAGACACUAACCAAGGCGCAGAACGAAAUCGACAGCGUUGUAGGAAACUCAAGGCUAGUCGAAGAUUCCGAUCUCCCCAAGCUACCGUAUCUCCAAGGGAUCAUAAACGAAACCCUCCGGAUGUACCCGGCGGGCCCCAUGCUGGUCCCGCACGAGUCGUCAGCGCACUGCACCGUCGAGGGAUACAGUGUCCCUCGAGGGACAAUGCUGCUGGUGAACGCGUGGGCCAUACAAAACGAUCCCAAAUUGUGGGACCAACCUGAAAAAUUUAGGCCCGAAAGGUUUGUGGAUGUUGAUCAAGAAAAUCGAGGGGGUUUCGGUUAUUUGCCGUUUGGGUACGGAAGGAGAAGAUGCCCCGGAGAGAAUUUGGCUAUGCGGGUGGUUGGAUUGGCGGUGGGGUCGCUUGUUCAGUGCUUCGAGUGGCGGAGACUCGGUGGAGAGAUGGUGGAUAUGAGCGAAGGUUCGGGUCUUGCAAUGUGCAAGGCUCAACCACUUGCGGCCAACAUUAGGCCGCGUUCAAUUCUGAGGGAAUUGUUUACCCAGCUUUGAGAUUGAUAA